AUGUCUUGUUAUCAAUCUAUUCUUUUCACUGUAUUGAUUUUACUUCUUUCAUGUGGAUAUGUAAUGAAUCUUAUAUGUUACUCAUGUAACGGUUGUAAUGAUCCAUUCAAGUCAACAGGUAUUGCACAAAUAAAUUCAACAAUGAAUGGAUCGCAAUUCUAUUGCAUGAAAACCAAAGGAGCAGGUAUUGUUGAUCGAAAUAUAACAGAUAAUUGUCAACCAUUUACUGCAGUUGGUAAUGGUGUACAUUGCUGUCAAACUGAUCUAUGCAAUGGUAGUAAUCAAAUUCUAUCCAUAAAUUCUUUAUCUAUAGUUUUAAUCAUUGGCAUAAUCGGCAAACUUAUUUAA